AUGUGUCUGGGCUCAGCGGACUCGUACACCAGCCGGCCCUCGGACUCAGACGUGUCCCUGGAGGAGGAGAAGGAUGGCGGGAGGCAGGAGCAGGAGCAGCAGGCCUCAGUGCAGCUGGAGAGGGCCAAGGCGAAGGGCGUGGCGUUCGCGGUGCGCACCAACAUGAGCUACUGCGGCGCCCUGGAUGAGGACGUCCCCGUGGCUGGAACCGGGGUCUCCUUUGAUGCCAAGGACUUCCUGCACAUCAAAGAGAAGUACAACAACGACUGGUGGAUCGGGCGUCUGGUGAAGGAGGGCUGCGAGAUCGGCUUCAUCCCGAGUCCCCUCAAACUGGAAAACAUUCGUCUGCAGCAGGAGCAGAAGAGAGGCCGCUUUCAUGGGAGUAAAUCCAGUGGGAACUCGUCCUCCAGUCUGGGGGAGAUGGUGUCAGGGUCCUUCAAGCCAAAUCCAAACUCUGCAGGGAAACAGAAGCAAAAAGUGGCGGAGCACAUUCCUCCAUAUGAUGUGGUUCCCUCCAUGAGGCCAGUGGUGCUGGUGGGACCCUCCCUCAAGGGUUAUGAGAGGGCUAUAGAACUCCACGCAGCGAGGGGGAAAAGUGCGGUGGAGGAGGUGGAGGAGGUGGAGGAGGUGGGAGGAGGUGGGAGGAGGUGGGAGGAGGUGAGAGGAGGUGGGAGGAGGUGGGAGGAGGUGGGAGGAGGUGGGAGGAGGUGGGAGGAGGUGAGAGGAGGUGAGAGGAGGUGGGAGGAGGUGGGAGGAGGUGGGAGGAGGUGGAGGAGGUGGAGGAGGUGGAGGAGGUGGGAGGAGGUGGGAGGAGGAGGUGGGAGGAGGAGGUGGGAGGAGGUGGGAGGAGGUGAGAGGAAGUGGGAGGAGGUGACUGACAUGAUGCAGAAAGCACUCUUCGAUUUCCUUAAGCACAGGUUUGAUGGAAGGAUAUCCAUCACCAGGGUAACCGCGGACAUUUCUUUGGCCAAGAGGUCAGUACUGAACAACCCCAGUAAGAGAGCCAUCAUCGAGAGGUCCAACACCCGCUCCAGCCUCGCCGAGGUGCAGAGUGAGAUUGAGCGUAUUUUCGAGUUGGCGCGGUCGCUGCAGCUGGUGGUUCUGGACGCAGACACGAUAAACCAUCCGGCUCAGCUCAUCAAGACCUCGUUAGCUCCCAUCAUCGUCCACGUCAAAGUGUCCUCACCCAAGGUGCUUCAGCGUCUGAUCAAGUCCAGAGGGAAGUCUCAGAGCAAACACCUGAACGUGCAGCUCGUCGCGGCCGAAAAGCUCUCACAAUGUCCCUCUGAAAUGUUUGACAUAAUCCUGGAUGAGAACCAGUUGGAGGAUGCGUGUGAGCACCUGGCCGAGUACCUGGAGGCGUACUGGAGGGCCACGCACACGUCUCUGAGCACACCGCUCAACCCACUGCUGGGACGCAACCUGGGCUCCACUGCACUCGCCCCAUAUCCGGCAGCCAAUCAGGUGAGGCAGCCAAUCAGCCAGUCAGGAGAGGCAGUCAAUCAGGAGAGGCAGCCAAUCAGGAGAGGCAGCCAGUCAGGUGAGGCAGCCAGUCAGGAGAGGCAGCCAAUCAGGAGAGGCAGCCAGUCAGGAGAGGCAGCCAAUCAGGAGAGGCAGCCAAUCAGGAGAGGCAGCCAGUCAGGAGAGGCAGCCAGUCAGGAGAGGCGGCCAGUCAGGAGAGGCGGCCAGUCAGGAGAGGCGGCCAAUCAGGAGAGGCGGCCAGUCAGGAGAGGCAGCCAAUCAGGAGAGGCAGCCAGUCACGUGAGGCAGCCAAUCAGGAGAGGCAGUCAGUCAGGUGAGGCAGCCAAUCAGGUGAGGCAGCCAGUCAGGAGAGGCAGCCAGUCAGGAGAGGCAGCCAGUCAGGAGAGGCAGCCAGUCAGCCAGUCAGGAGAGGCAGUCAAUCAGGAGAGGCAGCCAAUCAGGAGAGGCAGCCAGUCAGGUGAGGCAGCCAGUCAGGAGAGGCAGCCAAUCAGGAGAGGCAGCCAAUCAGGAGAGGCAGCCAGUCAGGAGAGGCAGCCAAUCAGGAGAGGCAGCCAAUCAGGAGAGGCAGCCAGUCAGGAGAGGCAGCCAGUCAGGAGAGACAGCCAGUCAGGAGAGGCAGCCAAUCAGGAGAAGCAGCCAGUCACCCAGUCAGGUGAGGCAGCCAAUCAGGAGAGGCAGCCAAUCAGGAGAGGCAGCCAGUCAGGAGAGGCGGCCAAUCAGGAGAGGCGGCCAAUCAGGAGAGGCAGCCAGUCAGGUGAGGUAGCCAGUCAGGAGAGGCAGCAAAUCAGGAGAGGCAGCCAAUCAGGAGAGGCAGCCAAUCAGGAGAGGCAGCCAAUCAGGAGAGGCAGCCAGUCAGGAGAGGCAGCCAAUCAGGAGAGGCAGCCAAUCAGGAGAGGCAGCCAGUCAGGAGAGGCAGCCAGUCAGGAGAGGCAGCCAAUCAGGAGAGGCAGCCAGUCACGUGAGGCAGCCAAUCAGGAGAGGCAGUCAGUCAGGAGAGGCAGCCAAUCAGGAGAGGCAGCCAGUCAGGUGAGGCAGCCAGUCAGGAGAGGCAGCCAAUCAGGAGAGGCAGCCAGUCAGGAGAGGCAGCCAAUCAGGAGAGGCAGCCAAUCAGGAGAGGCAGCCAGUCAGGAGAGGCAGCCAGUCAGGAGAGGCGGCCAGUCAGGAGAGGCGGCCAGUCAGGAGAGGCGGCCAAUCAGGAGAGGCGGCCAGUCAGGAGAGGCGGCCAGUCAGGAGAGGCGGCCAAUCGGGAGAGGCAGCCAAUCAGGAGAGGCAGCCAAUCAGGAGAGGCAGCCAGUCAGGAGAGGCAGCCAGUCAGGAGAGGCAGCCAGUCAGGAGAGGCAGCCAGUCAGGAGAGGCAGCCAGUCAGGUGAGGCAGCCAAUCAGGAGAGGCAGCCAGUCAGGAGAGGUAGCCAGUCAGGAGAGACAGCCAGUCAGGUGAGGCAGCCAAUCAGGAGAGGCAGCCAGUCAGGUGAGGCAGCCAAUCAGGAGAGGCAGUCAGUCAGCCAAUCAGGAGAGGCAGCCAGUCAGGUGAGGCAGCCAAUCAGGAGAGGCAGCCAGUCAGGGGAGGCAGCCAAUCAGGAGAGGCAGCCAAUCAGGAGAGGCAGCCAGUCAGGUGAGGCAGCCAGUCAGAAGAGGCAGCCAGUCAGGAGAGGCAGCCAGUCAGGAGAGGCAGCCAGUCAGGAGAGGCAGCCAAUCAGGAGAGGCAGCCAAUCAGGAGAGGCGGCCAAUCAGGAGAGGCAGCCAAUCAGGAGAGGCAGCCAGUCAGGAGAGGCAGCCAGUCAGGUGAGGCAGCCAAUCAGGAGAGGCAGCCAAUCAGAAGAGGCAGCCAGUCAGGUGAGGCAGCCAAUCAGGAGAGGCAGCCAAUCAGGAGAGGCGGCCAAUCAGGAGAGGCAGCCAAUCAGGAGAGGCGGCCAAUCAGGAGAGGCGGCCAAUCAGGGCCAAAGGAACCGAAACAGCAACCACACCACGUCAGACCACUCCCCGGUCGAGCGCCGCAGCCUGAUGCCCGCGGACGAGAACUACCACAACGAACGCACGCGCAAGAACCGCAACCGCCUCUCCUCGGGCUCCCAACCCAGCCGCGAGCACUCCCCGCUGGUGGAGGAGGACUUCCAAGACCCCUACCAGGACUCCUAUAAGCCCCACCGCACCAGGGAGUCUCCGGGCGGGUACAGCCAGGAAGCACGGCACCGGGUUUGA